GGUGGUGGCCGCCGCCGCCGCCUAGUCCUGGGCGGGCGGCUCUGGGACCCGCGCUCCGAGCGUUCCUCCGCCGCCGCUGUCUCUGUUCCGGCUCCGGCUCGCUGGGUCUUGGCGGCUUCCUCCUGCAAGGGCCGCAGCAGGGCAGCACGAACAGACAGACCUCCGGCUAGCCCGACGAACGUCUGGUUAGCGGAGCGCCCAGAGCUUCUUUCUGCCGGGGAGUUUCCUCCCGAAGGUUUGGGCGCCGCACCCAGAAGCCAUCGCCAGCCGGGAGUCGCAGCCGUCCGAGCCUCCGGAGCGGGAGUCGCCAGCCUAGGCCCAGAGGGAAGUGGGAAGAGCUCUGGCUUAGAAAUCAGAAGACCCAGAUUCGAAACCGGCGGUAUCAAGGGCAUCGUGGGAUCCUGGGGGCGCCUUCCUAGAAGCUGCAAGAGACUUAAAGGACCAUCUGGUCCCACGUCCUCAUUUCGAAGAGAAGGAAAAGGAGGUUCACAGAGGAAGGGCUUUGCCCCCAGGUCCCGCAGCUGGUUAAAUAGAAGCUCGAGGGCCCCUUUCCUCGGACCCCAUAUCAUCCGGGGAUUCGUAAAAACACAGAGCUCUCAAACGGAAGGCCAAAGAUCAAGGGGCGUCGCGAUAGCCAAAAGUGCUCUCUUCCCUAGGUCCCCAAGGUUCCAUUUCCUCCCGACGGGAGAUUCAUAAGGAAAGUCAGCUCCACCUGUUCUUAACAGCCUGAAAAAGUUCUCUCCCUCGUUUGGGCCACGCCCCUCUCGCUUUCCUCCAUCCCACCUCUCCCACUUCGCUCCUGGCUCUCGCCUUGGGACCCUCAGAUCAGUCCUCUCCUUAGCCUGGGAAAGGAGGCUCAACAAGGCGCUUCCCUUCCACGUCUCCCAACCGAAGAGCCAGCUGCUAAUUCUCUCUGGAGUUAGUUUCGGGCCCCAGUGGCGUUUACCUCUCUCCACCUCUGUCUCUCAAAUACAAAUCUUGACACAGUCA